AUGCUCCGAACGACGUUUCUAUUAGCAACUACAAUUUUAAGUUUAACGGGUGCAGAUCCGAUUAUCGGGAUCACCACCGGACAACUGCGCGGUCGUGAGAUUCAAACUGAAAAUAUCUCUCUGUACGCGUUUGAAGGUGUUCCCUUCGCAUCUCCACCAGUAGGCAGCCUGAGAUUCCAGGCUCCAGUCCCAGCCGAACCAUGGGAAGGCAUUCGAGACGCCACGAAAUCGGGCAAAUGCUGUAUUUCAGUAAACUACAACCCAUCCAUUGAAAAUGAAGACUGUCUGUUUGUCAAUAUCUACACUCCUUCUCGAAAUAUUACUGACCCACUACCCGUCAUGGUAAAUUUCUACGGGGGUGGAUUUGAAACAGGUUGUGCCACCUACGACGAGUUUGGGUCCGGCCCGCUUGUUAACGAAGACGUGAUAGUUGUGACUUUUAACUACAGGUUGGGAAUUUACGGUUUUUUAUCAACAGGAGAUGAUGUCAUAUUGGGCAAUGCUGGCUUAAAAGACCAGGUAUUCGCCUUGAAAUGGGUGCAACAAAAUAUAGCUUAUUUUGGAGGUGAUCCCGGAAAAGUGACAAUAUUUGGUCAAAGCGCUGGUGGUAUAUCUAUUGGAGUUCAUUUGAUGAACAAAAAGUCGCAAGGGCUGUACAGGGCAGCUAUCUGUGAAAGUGGAUGUUCCCUGAUAGGGCUGUAUCAAACUGAUCCGAAAUUUAAUGCUUACGCAGCAGCCAAGUUAUUAAAUAUCUUCAUCACAGACCAAAACACCACCGAAGAUAUAAAAAACUUCCUUCAAAGUCAACCAGUUGAGACUUUAAGUGGUCUUUUGAAUAUAGGAAAAGUUUUGAUAGGAGUUGUGUUAGAAGCAGAAAGUGAUGAUGCUUACGUAACUCAACUCAACUUCCCGCUAUUGGAAUCUGGAGAUUUUAAUCAAGUUCCACUUAUGCUAGGAAACGUUAAUGCUGAAUUCCUUGCCAGUGGAUGCAUUCUAACCCUCGCUAUUGCUGCACUAUAUGACCUCAGUGUUACUAAUUUAAUUCCUCCUUCUCUAGAAGCUUUAUCAGGAACAGAUUUAACAGAAGUUGGAAAUAUUAUCAAAGAAGCGUAUGUGGGCAAAUCUGGAUCAUUUGUAGCUAAUAUUUCACAAGCGUUAGAGCUCACUAGUGACAAUUUUGUGAGACCAACAAUCAAACAGGCCGAACUCCAAUCGAAUUUUUCGCCCGUGUAUCUUUACGAAUUCUCAUUUGUGGGAACUCCAAGUGAAGGUCGCGAUAUUAUUCCAGGGGGCGGCAGAGUUGCGCAUAGCGACGAACUCGCUUAUAUUUUUGAUAAUGCGGCUGUACCACUAAAAACCUACGAUGAUUAUCUCACGAGGCAACGAAUCGUCAGAUUAUGGUCCAACUUUGCAAAGACAAUGAAUCCCACACCUGAUGUUACCGAUCCACUCUUGAAUGUUACAUGGCCACAAGUUACACCGACGAAUAUCCAGUGCCUCGAUAUUGGCGCCACUCUUGAAGCAAAACUGAAUAGAAAGGCUGGUCAGUUAGCAAUGUGGAAUGAAGUUUUCUAUACAUACGGAACUAGACCUUUCAAAGGAUUUUAAAAUGUAUUUACUAACAACCACCCAACACUUUAAUAAAAUUAUACUAAUUUAAUAGAUUGGUUGUACAUUUAAAUCAAUCAAACAUCCUAAUGUGACUGUAAUAUAAAU